GGUGGGGGGGAAAGAGAAAAAAAAAGAGAGAAAAAGUGCUGUCAAAAAAAAAGUGCCUGGUGUUGUCUUGCCUGUCAGUUCCCGCUAAAGAUUGAAAAGGUAUUCAUCUUCUCUUUGAUUGAAUACCUUUCUGCAAGAGGAUGUUCGUUUCCAAUGUACACAUUUGAUGAACAAACUGAACCAGCAGCGCAUGUUUGAGCCUCACCUCUGUGAUGAUAUCGUCGUGGUGAGUCUGAAGCAGUCAUUUGUUGCUCUCCAAACUGUGUUGACGUCUUUCAGCCAGUUAUUUCUAUUGCUCUUGACCAGCACCAAGCAGUUGAAGCAAGUGAAACGAUAUAUUGGGUCUCUAAAGUUGCAAAGCUUCAAUCAGAUCUUUUGCUUUAUUUAUACGUCUACGCUUUAUCUGAUUGCAUGUGGUGUACAGAAGGUGAUAAAUAUAAUCAGUAUCCUUCAGAUGAGUCACAUUUCCAACCCUUGCCAGAAACUGAUUGACAGUCGUACUUUGCGUUUUGCUGACAUGGCCCAGGAGGGCCAGCAAUGCUCUCAGAUUUCUCCUCCAUUUUACUGUAAUGUUGAUAAAGAACUUGAUUUAUCCACCAAGAUUUACCCCAGGGAAGGGAGUAAACCGUAUUUGAUGAAAGUAGAGGAUAAGAUGGCUAAGCGACACCUGAAAGCAAGAGACCAACCAUAUUAUGAAGCGACUGAGGCAACGGAAGAAGACAUUCAUGGAAUGGAAGGAGAUGCAGAGGACUCUGAUGACUCGGAUGAGCAGCGAUCCUAUAACCGGGAACAAAUCAUAGUUGAAGUGAACCUUAAUAACCAGACUUUACACGUUUCAAAAGGGACAGAAGGUGUGUCUUCACAGUCUGAGAAAACUACCAUUGUUAACUCCAGUGAUGAUGAGGAGAACGAUGAGGGUGAUGAUGAAGAUUACGAAGAUGAUGAUCAGGAUGCAGAGAAAGAAGACAUGGACACCGACGAAGAUGAUGAACCUGAGGAGGAGGAGGAAGAGGAAGAAGUCGAAGAAAUCAAGCAAAGAAGAUCCAAGGCAACUGAUAAAAUAAAGACAGCAGAAGCAACUCUUUCGAGGGAAAGCACAAAAAUGGACGUGACCCAGCGGAGGAAGACGAGAAGUAGAAACGCUAAAGUCACGUCCCCAAAAGAGAAACAGUUUGAAGAGAAACAAAAUCUCACCUGUGAGAAAUGUCCUCGGGUCUUCAACAAUCGCUGGUACCUUGAAAAACAUAUGAAUGUAACUCACAGUCGGAUGCAGAUCUGUGAUAAGUGUGGGAAAAAAUUUGUGCUAGAGAGUGAACUGGUACUUCAUCAACAAACUGAAUGUGAGAAGAACAUCCAGUGUGUAUCCUGUGGAAAGUCUUUCAAGAAGCUAUGGUCUCUGCAUGAGCACAUUAAAGUUGUUCAUGGCUUUGCUGAGAAGAAAUUCUCCUGUGAGAUUUGUGAAAAGAAAUUCUAUACCAUGGCUCAUGUCCGAAAGCAUAUGGUCGCACAUACAAAGGACAUGCCAUUCACCUGUGAAACGUGUGGGAAAUCGUUCAAACGUAGCAUGUCACUAAAGGUUCAUUCUCUUCAACAUUCAGGAGAGAAGCCUUUCAAAUGUGAGAACUGUGAUGAACGUUUUCAGUACAAGUACCAACUUCGCUCUCACAUGAGUAUCCAUAUUGGUCACAAACAGUUUAUGUGCCAGUGGUGUGGGAAGGACUUCAACAUGAAGCAGUAUUUUGAUGAACACAUGAAAACACAUACGGGGGAAAAACCCUUCAUCUGUGAAAUCUGUGGCAAAAGUUUCACAAGCCGCCCGAACAUGAAGCGCCAUCGCAGGACCCACACGGGCGAGAAACCUUAUCCCUGUGAUGUCUGCGGCCAGCGAUUCCGCUUCUCCAACAUGUUAAAAGCCCACAAAGAAAAGUGUUUCCGGGUCACCAGUCCAGUCAACAUCCCGCCCACUACAACCACUGCCUCUGUGGCCGUCGCACCCAUUUCCUCGCCACCGCCAGUCACCAUAAGCUCCAUUGGCUCGCUUCCUCCACGACCCAUCCCCCACCCACUCUCCCAUUUACAUCUCCACCCACAUCAUCACACACUUUCGAUGCCUCCUGUCGCACACCUACCACCCCCACCCGCCCUCUUCAACGCUGAAGCGAUGAACCAUAGAUGCCAAAGUGAGAGUUCGUUCCUGCGUCAUAUUUCUGAAAAACACAGUGCGGCAGGUGGAAGCCACCACCACUGACACUUCAAUACUUUUCCCGAACGGCGUGCAAGAGUAUUUGUCCAAACCCCCCCACCUAUUAACUGAACUAAGCACCAUAACAUUGAGACUCGAAAACAAAGAAGAUUGAGCAAUCAUGCGGAAAUUUCAAAUAUUUUACUAAACGUCACUGUUCUUGUUUCAGUUGUGUAAACUUGAGGGCAGAACAGGCAACCAAAUUUCGACUAAUAAUUCCAUGUAUAAGGAUAUUAAGCUGCCUAUAUACGAUGAACAAAGUUUUUCAUUUUUAGGGAAUGAUGUAUUUGUCAUUUCAUAUCUGUUAAGAUAUGCCUAAUUUUUUUUUACCUUGAGUUACUCCUCUUGCAUUGAGGAAACAAAAGGCUUAUUUCUAUCACAUUGAUUAAAUAUUCUGGGGAAAUUAAUUACUAAAUUCAAUGGUCCCAUUGUCUUGUGAGACAUCAGAGCAUUACGUGUAUCACAAUGUGCUGAAAGGAUAUUUCUGAAGCUAGUAGUGCUGACUAGAUCAUGUUCUAGCCUAACCUGUCACUAUGAAGCAUUAUGGAGAAGUACUGUUAAUACAGCUUUCAUUUUACUACAGAAUUAUUCUUAGAUGUUUGUAGCAUAUUUAGAAACCGUUGAUUCAAAGAUAACGUGUCACAAAUUGUGGUAAUAAUUAUAUUUUUGUUCUUGUAGAUGUUAUGUUCAUAAAAUUCAGUUGAAUAAUCACUGCAUUACCCAUAACAUUCAGUGAUGUGACAAUUAACGUAUACAGAUACUCCACGACAGAGUACACUGUGAACAUGUCUGCAGCUGCAUAUACUUCUUCAUUCUUUAUAUCUUCCACAUAUUCUAGACAAUUGCCAACUUGGUACCAUUCUAUAUUGGGGUAAAACCCGGGAAUGAUACCUAUUCACAAUGAUUCAGUUGAUCUCCUUUACUUCCAAGCUAUAUAAGGGGAUGACUUCCUACCCGGAAAAUCCCCGUUUGUUGCCCAAGAUUAAUGCAAAAAGGGUUUUUUUGUUUGUGAGUUUUAACUGACUCUUAUUUACCUGAGAAAAUGCCCAACUAAUGCUGAUUUUACAUGUGAAAUAUAACUUCACAGUUGUAGUCAACAAUGAAUGUCUUGGUUGCCAGAUAUCCAGCAAGGAGAUGGGGGGUUAUAAGAUUUGCCCAAGUCCAUUGCAGUGCCUUGAGGCAGUCAUCAGUCACUGCUCUUGACUCAGCAUCCAGUAGGGAAAACAGCACAAGUGACAAACCAAUUUAUCAUUCAGUCAAAUGAACGUCUGAUUCACCUGACGUUUUUCCAAAACUUACUGAAUUGAGAGACUGGACACAUUCCAGUCCACCAUCUCAGGAUCCACCAGAAAAUGUAUGCAUAGGAAGUCCCUGUCAUCCUCCUAAUCCCAGACUAGCCUCAAAUUGGUUCUUCUAGAUCCUGGCAUUAAGCAGUAUUCCUUCGAUCUAUCCUGUUCCCAACGGAACAAUCUGCUCCCAGGUGUCUGCCUAAAAACUUAUCUUUGCUAGUGGUGCUAGGUUUGGUUGGUGCUGGUUGCAGUGAUGAAGUUGUAAAAUAACUGAUGAUUGAAUCAACUGAUGAUUGAACUCGGUUUGAUUCUGGUGUUUUGCUCCCAACAAUUUCCAGUCCUCAUGACAAGUUUUUGUCCAGCCUGCUUUCUUGAUAAUCAUCUCCAGCAGUGGGUAAUCUAUCCUUUCACCAGCGUCCUCAUCAAAACCCAUUUGGAAUCUGACUGUCUUUAGGUUGAUGUUUAAUCUAACGUUUUUGUGUAUUAAAUCACGUUACAAAUCUUCACAAAAUGAUUUGUGGCUCACGGAUUUUGGAUAAAGUCAUCUCCCAUGAGUAGCUGGAUAAGUGAAAUGUAUCCUCCGUUAGCAGGUAAUGAAUCUUUCAACUUGGGCAAGGAUAAUAAUAAUCCUUGCAUUUGAUAUAGCGCCUUAUCACAUCUU